AUGGCCUCCGCAUCCCGGCGCCUCCAGCUCGACUCGAGCCCCAAGCGCCCCGGCUCGUCGAGCAGCUCGCCGGCGCGGGCACAUCCCAUCGUCGAGCUUGCUCAACGUCGGGUUCAGCGCUUCUCGAGCCCUGCGCCACCAGCGAUUCCCGGACGCAGGGUAUACCACCUCGACCUCGAGGCUAACCGCGGCGAAAGGCCGUCUUCUUCUGGAUCCUUGAACGCCCCCGGCGCAGCAGCGUCUUCCCCGGCCUCACCAUCCUCACCGGUCCCGAACACCAGGGCGCGUCUCGACUCGAGCGAGUCUCGAUCGCGGACGUCCAGCCCGCUGCCUCACACGAGCACCACUGCAGCCCAGCUGCAGCAGCAAAAGCAAGGGAAUGGCAGCGUGUCGGGCGAUGACGAGGACGAAGAGGUCAUCGCCGAGGGCCCCGCACCAACCGCGCUGACGCCUCGCCCGAGAAAGAUGCGCAGCCGCGAGGCCAAACGCAAGCCCGUUACGCUGACCAACCUGCAGAUGGCAUCUCUAUCGACGCCCGAGCUCCACCUUGCCUCGGACCCGAUGCUGGACACCGAGGAGCCCUCGUUUCUCCGGCGACUUGGCCGGCCGACCUUGGGCAAGGCGCCCGUCUCGCAGGACAACGUCAACACGGUCGACAGCAAUCCCACCAGCGGCAACCUGCAUACCCGCACCCGGAGCUCGGAGCUGGUGGCCAACCAGGUUCCCAGUGUCGCCUACUCCAGCUUUUCGGCUGCGAUGAACGCCGUCGAGACUGACGCGAGGCCGUCGAUUCCCUCGUCGUAUAGCCGGGGGCAAGUCAGCGGCGCUCGGCCAAAGACCUCGACUGGAUUCGACGUCGCCGACGCUCGUCCUCGAUCACACGACAGCGGCGGCCCCGGCAGCCGCCCGGCCUCACCGUCCGUUUGGCAGAAUGGCAACCCUAGCACGGAGACCCUGAGCCCCUCGGCCGAGAGGCCGCCGUCGUCUCCAUCGUCCUCGGCCAGCCCGGCGCUAGGCAAUGCCAACACGUGGUUCCAGCGGCAGCGACGGUGGAGCGUCAACACGCGCUCGCCCGAGCUAAGGCCGUCGACGGCCAACGCGGACGGCGAAGACGGCCUCGCACAUCUGUCGAGCGCGCUCAGCGCGUCCAGCAUCGCGACCUUGGGCACCGACGCCGGCUUCUUUUCCGAGGGCGAUGAGCUUUCGUCUAGCGGUGCGGGUGCCCACACCGAUACAUCCCUUGGCGUCGACCAGGUCCACACCCUCGGCCUCUCUCUCGAAUCUCUGCGAUCCGCUCGCACCUACCUGGUCCGAGAGCUCAGCCGGCUGACGCCUUCGGAGAUGGGUGACGACAGCGUGCGGAUCGCCAACCUCGCCUGGUUCACCCGCGAGGCCGACGCGGAAGCGCGCGGCGUCAACAUGGACUCGACGCGCGAGAUGUUCGAGUUCUGGAAGAGCAUCUCGGACGGCGUGCUGCUUUGCCUGCUGGCCAACCGGGUGCGGCCAGGCUCCAUUGACCGCAUCGACCGACGCGACGUCGAGUGGGUCAAGGCCGACAACAUUUCGCGCUUCCUGCGCGCGGCGCGCGACCACCUCGGCCUACGCUCCAAGGAUCUCUUCCAAACCCUCGACCUGACGGACGCUACUGUGGAAGGCCUGCUGCGUGCCUCGCACACCAUUCUGGUCAUCGAGAGGCUUUCCAGGCGUUCGACGCAGCUCGCGCCGUCCCGGUCGUACCGACCGCCGUCGUCCGACGCCUAUUCGAGCCCCUCGGAUCGCCUUUCUCCGCCCGCCACGCCGAAGAGCCGCCUCGAAUCGCUCAGCUCGUCGCCGGACCAGGAAGCCAGCGCCGAGCGGACGCGAGCCACAAUCCAGCAGAACCGGCGAGAGGCCGAGAGGAUUCUGGUCUCCAUGGCGCGGCCGGAGCCCUUGGCCGCAGAGGCCAGCGUCAAGUCGAGGCGGAGACGCUCGGGCGAGGUCGGCAGUUCGGUGCUGCCGGCAUGCAAGAUGCGAGGCUCCUCGAUCACCUUCGCGGACAACGUCAAGGCCUCAAGCACGAGCGGCGACGAGGAGAGCCGGAUGCCCUACCGAGACCGCCGCUUGAGCGAGUCUGCCAUCAGCCUGACUGGAGUGGCCGAGGAGGAGGCUGAGGAUGACGCUGGUGCUCCACAGCCGAACGCCCUGCCUGCCGUGUCUCAGGCGCGUCCACCGAGCCGAGCCGGCGAGGUGCGGAGAGGCAGCAGUGAGUCGGAAAAGUCUCAGAAGGGGGCCAAGUCGUCCACAGCCACAUCCACCGCCGGCUUUAGCAGCUCGCCGCUCGCGCGGACGUCGUCGCAGCGCCGCAUUAGCGCCGAGCUUGGCCUCGGCCUAGGCCAGCUGCCGCGCUCGGUCAUCGGCUCCACCGAAAACCUGGACGACUAUAUGUAUCCGGCAGCGCAGAGCAGUCCAUCGCGCAUACCGCCCACGCGUCGCCACAGCGCGCGACUUCAGGCGGUGCCGUCGCUGCUCAACCCGUCGCGCGAGUCGCUCCUCACCCUGGGCGGAAGCGAUGGCGACAGCUCUCUCGCGGCCCCGCAGCACGUGCCGCGCGUGCCUUUCCCAAAGUCGGCGCUGCAGUCGUCGUCGACGUCGUCUUCCGCAUCGGCGGACUCUCCCGGUGCAGCACGAAGGAUCGGACGUCACCUCUCGCUCAACGCUGGCUCGAGCGGCGUCGAUUCGCUCUCGUCGGUGGCAAGCAGCGCCUCGGUGUCGUUCGGCCAACCUCUUCCCGCCCGGUACGGUCCGAGGCCGGCCUAUCGCCACAUGCGCUACUCUUCGGAUCUUCAUGUCCCGAGCAUGCCGGCCCGGCCGGUCUCGGUGGGUCGCAGCCCGGAUCUGUCGAGCGAGGAGCGCUCGUUUGCCGCCGGCUCGUCGUCGCGCGCGCGCUUCGACUCCGAGGUGGGCUCGAUCUACACGAACACAUUUGGAAGCCCCACCGCUGACGAGGGCGGAGGCGCGUCGGCAGCAUCGUCUUCGGCAUCGGCGGUGCCGCGGAUGAGCCGCGAGCCGUCGGUGGCGCCAUCUUCGAAGCACAAGCUGGUCGUGGUCGAGGAGGGCAAGCCCAACAUCACCUACCAGCUCGGCAACUGCAUUGGCCGCGGCCAGUUUGGCUCCGUUUACCGCGCCCUCAACCUCAACAGCGGCCAGAUGGUGGCGGUGAAACGCAUCAAGCUCGAGGGACGCUCGGACGACGACGUGACGCAGCUCAUGAACGAGGUCGAUCUGCUCAAGAGCCUUGUUCACCCGAGCGUCGUCAAGUACGAGGGGCUCGUCCGCGGACCCGAGGUUGUCUCCAUCAUCCUCGAGUACGUCGAGAACGGCUCGCUGCUCCACACGCUCAAGGCGUUCGGCAACUUCCCCGAGAAGCUGGUGGCGAGCUACGUCGUAAAGAUUCUCGAGGGCCUCAACUACCUCCACGAGCAGAACGUCGUUCACUGCGAUCUCAAGGCGGCCAACAUCCUCACCACCAAGAAUGGCAACGUCAAGCUGUCCGACUUUGGCGUCUCUCUCAACCUCAAGGCGGUGGAGCAGAUGAACAACAAGAGCAACGACGCCAUCGGCACGCCCAACUGGAUGGCCCCCGAAGUCAUUGAGCUCAAGGGCGUCACCACUGCCGCCGAUAUCUGGUCGCUCGGCUGCACCAUCAUCGAGCUGCUGACAGGCAAGCCGCCCUACUACGACAUGCUGGCCAUGUCGGCCAUGUUCCGCAUCGUCGAGGACGACUGCCCUCCCAUCCCAGAGAAGUGCUCGCCGCCGCUGCGCGACUUGCUUCUCCAGUGCUUCCACAAGGACCCCGUCCAACGUCCUAGCGCCGAAACUCUCUUCGAGCACCAGUGGGUGCGCCAGACGUGGUCCGGCCACAAGGAGCUCCGCCCGCAGGACAGCGUUCCCUUCCUGCGACGGAUUAGCGCCGACCUCCGCAAGCUCGAUCCGGCAAUGUUCCAUCGCCAGGCUGCGGCAGCUGCGAGCGCCAACGACACUGCAGGUCAGCAAGUGCCCGGAUCCAUGGAGCGCUCGUCGUCGUCGCCGCCACCGACGCUGGCCCGUCCGGGCCUAGAUGGCAAGCGUUCGCUCACUACGCCGGCCGCCGUCGACGCCGACGCGCAGCAGCAGCAGCACCUCCCCGCGCACGGUCAGGUCCCGACCAGCUCCCCGCCCACUAAUGCGGUCGCGCUCGCCGCAUUGUCGAUGCUCCCCCACCACAGUGGAGGCUCUGUUGAUACUGCAUCGGCUGCUGCGGUCAGCAUGAUCGGCCGAUCGCCCGACGUUGAUCCUGCAUCGCCCACCGGGCUUUCGCCGCUUCAGGACCCCUCGCUGCUUGACCUCAGCGUCCUCGGCAACGAGCAUGCCAAGCCUCACGCCUUUGUCAAGAGCACCUUCAGCAAGGCGGUGCGGUGCAAGAUCUGCAGCGAGCCAGUCAAGAAGCACGCCGUGCUCUGCGAAGAGUGCGGUCUGGUGUGCCAUGCCAGGUGCGCCGGGCAGGCGCCGUCGCCAUGCAACCUGCGCGCUCAGCUCCUCAUGUUUCAGGCGCGCACCUCGAUGGACCGGCCGCGCGUCGUCAGCCCGGCCCCUUCGCUCGUCGCCGCACCCAACGCGGCUGCUGCGGGCGCCAAUGGCAACCACCUCCCCGUCCAGCAGCCCGCUUCGCCGACGUCUCCUGCGCUUUCGGCCACCGCGUCAUUCCGCUUCCCGUUUGGCAUCAAGCGAUCGUCGAAGCAGUCAACGGCCGAGCCACCCGCGCCUGCGCUACGGAUCUCGACCGAACAGCAGGGUUUCGACAACAAUGUCUCUCCACUCGGCACGCCGCUGGGCCCAGUGGGCGGAGUCGCGAUGAUGCCGACCCCGGCGGCAACCAAAGGUUCGCGCGAGGCGACCAACCAGCAGGGAUCGGCACCGCGAAGGCGUCGAAUCUCGUUGAUCCCCGGCCGGCAGCCAUCGCCCUCGCCCGACGUUGCCAUGGCCGCUGCCAAUUCGGCCUCGACCAACAGCUCCCAGAGCGGCCUUAACGGUCAUCGGCGCCCGAGCUCGGUCAGCUACGGCAGCGUCAGCGGCUCCAGCAGCAUCUCAAGCCACGCUGGCGGCAGCGCCGUGAUGCUCAAGACCACGUCCGAUAGCUCUUCCAGCAACCAGCAGCACCAGCAGGCCCCCUCCUCGUCGCAACCGCCGUCUUCGUACCAGCAGCCGCUCGGCCUCCAGCAGCAGGGCACGAGCACACCUCAACUGCUCCCGCACGGCUCGCGCGACGGCUCGCAGCCUGAGCCGACGCGCUUCCGCCGCCGGCUGAGCUCCGGAUUCGGCUUUGGCCAUUCGGAGGUAUCGCUGCACGGCGGCCGUUCGGCCAGCGCAUCGAUGCGUAAGGGCGGCGACAUGGGCGGUGCUGCAAACGACCGCAUCAACCCCGCCACGGGCCAGGUGACGCCGACUGCCGCGCUGGCCGAGAGGCGCAAGUCAAAGCGCAACGCCUCAAAGUCGGACUGCACCAUCAUGUGA